AUGGCCGAUCCUGUUUAUUUAGCUUUACUUGGAUCAGCAGAAUAUUUUCGAACAAGUACACCACCUAAUUAUCGUUUAGCUAUUCAAUGUUUACAAGCUAUUUUAACAAUAAGAUUACCACCAUUAAUGGAAGCUAAAAUUCAUUUAUUUUUGGGAAGAUUAUAUACACAACAUACAACAAAUAUUGAUAUGGCAUCGAUGCAUCUUGAUAAAGCUUGUCAUUUAGCUCAAAUGCCAGAUGAUAUAAAACUUGAAAGUCUUUGUUUGUUAGCUAAAAUAUAUUUAAAUCAAAAUCAAUUUGCAUCAUCAAUAACAUUACUUCAACAAGCAUAUGAUCUUUCAUCACAACAACCAUAUUGGCAUUGUAGAAUUAUAUUUCAAAUAAUUAGUAUUUAUCAUUCUCAAGAAGAUUAUAAUACAUCAAUUUAUUAUGUUGAUCGUGGAAUAGAAUUUUGUGCAAGAAUAAAUGUUUUAUUUUGUCAAAUUCUUUUUCAACUUACUAAAGCAAUGUUACGAUUAUCAUUAAAAGAUUAUAUAGAUGCACAAAAUUUAUUAAAACCAUGUUUAGAUAGAAUUAAUUCAUUACAAGGCAAUUUUUCACAUAUUGAAACAUUAAGAAUUUUUUAUUUGGUUUUACAUAUUUCAUGUUCUUGUUUUGGACUAGGUCAAAUAAAAUCAUCAAAAAAUGCAUUGAUGCAACUUCAACAAAGUAUUCAAAAUCUAGCAAGUCGUCCUGAAGAAGAAGCUUAUUUAAUUACAAAUCCUCUUGAACAGUUUAUAUGGUUAUCUCGUGAUCAUUUAAAUGUUCUUGUUUAUUUAUUAACCGUUUUUCAUUCAAUGCUAUCAGGUCGAUUAGAAAAAGCACUUAAAUAUGCUGAUAAAGCUCAAGCACAAAUAGAACAAAUUAAAAAUGUAGAUCAUAGUCCAUUUUUAAUGGCUGUUGAAAUGCUAUUUUAUGAAUGUCGUAUACAAAGUCAUUUAAUAUUUGGUAAUAAAUCUGUUGCUAUUAAAGAAAUCAAUAUGUUAUGUCGUCUUCAUAAUACAUCAAAUCCGAUUAAUAAUAGCAAUGCUAUUCAACGUACAUUAACUCUUCAUGCAUUAUUAGGUUUCUAUGCAACAUCAUUAAAUUUUAAUGAAGCAGCUGAAGCACAGUUUGCAAGUGCUCUUCGAACACGAUUUUCUGGCGAUAAAGAAUUUCGUUUUUUUAUUUUUGCUAAUCUUAUUAUUAUUUAUUUACGAACAUCCAAAAUAGCAAAUCUAGUACCGAUAUUACAACAAAUUAAUAUUGAAUUAAAUACAACUCAAUCGGCAAUACUUCAUGCUAUUGGAAAUUUAUUAAAUGGUCUUCACAAUUUAACACAAUCUCGUAUACAUGAAGCUAAAGAACUCUUUCGACGUGCAGCUAAUCUUGCCAGUAAUGAAGAUUUAAAUAAAAUUUUAACUAAUACAUUUAUUAUUCUUGGUCAUAUGUUUUUUCGAAUGCAUAGCUAUCAAGAAAGUGCAAACAUGCUUCAAUCAGCAACAACAAUAAGCCAAUCGAUUCCUGAUUAUACUGCACAAUUGAAUACAAUGAGUUUACUUCGAGAUCUUUAUCAUGUUUGUAAUGAUCCUCGAUUAGCUGAAACAAAUGAUCGCGUUAUACAAAUAAAUGAUAGCCUACAAAAAGAUUAUCAAUCUGCAAUAGCACUUGCUGAACAUCGUCAUCUUUUAACUUGGACUGAUGGUGGGUUACUUGAUUUCUUACGGAGUUUUCGUGCAACAGCUCAACAAGAACUACGUAUUUUACUUUUAGGUCUUGAUAAUGCCGGAAAAACCACAUUACUCAAAGUUCUUGCUUCUGAAGAUAUUUCACAUAUAACACCUACACAAGGUUUUAAUAUUAAGAGUGUACAGUCAAGUGGUUUCAAACUUAAUGUAUGGGAUAUUGGUGGUCAACGUAGAAUACGACCAUAUUGGCGUAAUUACUUCGAUAAUACCGAUGUUCUAAUAUAUGUUAUUGACAGUUCUGAUCGAAAACGGUUUGAUGAAACAAAUCAAGAAUUAGGUGAACUAUUAGAAGAAGAAAAAUUACGUGGUGUACCUCUAUUAAUUUUUGCUAAUAAACAAGAUUUAUUAAAUGCUGCUAAAGCAUCUGAUAUUACUGAUGGUCUAUCAUUACAUCAAAUACGUGAUCGACGUUGGCAAAUACAAGGUUGUUCAGCACAUACAAAAGAAGGUGUUAAAGAAGGCCUUGAAUGGAUAUCAAAAACAAUUUCUAGUAAUAAAAAGAAAUAG